AUGGACAGCUGGUCAAGAGGAAUCGGCCGUCGUCUUCUGGUGGAAACGACCUUCGAAUCUCUUCCCCCAAACACUUUCACUCGAAAUGAAAGUGAGCUCAACAACGAGGACGGUAAGCCGGAUUUUCUUCGUACAUUUCAACUGACAAAAGUCCAAGUCAACCCUCCUGCGGCAUCCGGUGGUGCCAGUCUACAAAUCUACGGCUAUGAAUAUCUGGGAAACACUGGCCGUCUGGUCAUUACUCCGUUAACUGAUCGUUGCUAUCGCACCCUCUUCGGGGCACUUCACUUGCAUCUGGGCGGCGCACCGGAGGGACCCGCUGGAACAGGCAAGACGGAGACGACCAAAGAUCUGGCCAAAGCUGUGGCUAAACAAUGCGUCGUCUUCAACUGCUCUGAUGGCCUUGACUACAUCGCUCUGGGAAAAUUCUUUAAAGUGUGUUUUUCUCCCAUCUCAGACAAUUGA